UUCCGACCUCCGCCUCUCCCUCUGGCGAGGAAGAGACGCGACCCCACGCGCAUGCCCCGAUCAUCCCAGAGGGGCGGGGCCGAGGCUAAGGGAGAGGGAGGGGGGGAAAGAAAAGGGAAUUCCAACCUGUGGAAUCUUGGGGGUACCCAAGGUCGGCUUCUUCGCAUUGACUGUGGAUGGUACCUGGCACAGAGCCUCUGGUGGCUCGUGGGGAGCUUGGGGGUCCGCAGGGUGAGGGCGGAGGGGAGUGUCAGUGUCAGAGUGUGAGUGGGGUACGGGAGUUCCAAACUUAGUCUUGAGGCCCUCGGGUCUCCCGUGCCGGGGAAGGGAGCUCGGGCCGCCAUGCGCGACAGGACCCACGAACUGAGGCAGGGGGAUGACAGUUCGGACGAUGAGGACAAGGAGCGGGUCGCGCUGGUGGUACACCCGGGCACCGCACGGCUGGGGAGCCCGGACGAUGAGUUCUUCCAAAAGGUCCGGACAAUUCGACAGACUAUUGUCAAGCUGGAGAAUAAAGUCCGAGAGUUGGAGAAGCAGCAGGUCACCAUCCUGGCCACGCCCCUUCCCGAGGAGAGUAUGAAGCAGGACCUGCAGAACCUGCGUGAUGAGAUCAAACAGCUGGGGAGGGAGAUCCGAGCGCAGCUGAAGGCCAUAGAGCCCCAGAAGGAGGAAGCUGAUGAGAAUUAUAACUCAGUCAACACAAGGAUGAAAAAAACCCAGCAUGGGGUCCUGUCCCAGCAAUUCGUGGAGCUCAUCAACAAGUGCAACUUGAUGCAGUCGGAAUAUCGGGAGAAGAAUGUGGAGCGGAUUCGGAGGCAGCUGAAGAUCACAAAUGCUGGAAUGGUGUCUGACGAAGAGCUGGAGCAGAUGCUGGACAGUGGGCAGAGUGAGGUGUUUGUAUCCAAUAUACUGAAGGACACACAAGUGACUCGACAGGCCCUAAAUGAGAUCUCAGCCCGGCACAGUGAGAUCCAGCAGCUUGAACGCAGUAUCCGUGAACUUCAUGAGAUCUUCACUUUUCUGGCUACUGAAGUGGAGGUGCAGGGGGAGAUGAUCAACCGGAUUGAGAAGAACAUCCUGAGCUCAGCAGACUAUGUGGAACGGGGGCAGGAACAUGUCAAGAUGGCCCUGGAGAACCAGAAGAAGGCACGGAAGAAAAAAGUUUUGAUCGCCAUCUGUCUGUCUGUCACUGUCCUCAUUGUGGCAGUGAUCAUUGGUGUCUCCAUAUUGGUUUGAGAACAUCGCACGUUCUUGGUCCCUGCUGCUGAUGACGCUGCUGCUCCAAGCCGCCCUUGCCCAGCCCAUCUGGCCACAGUACCGCUUGCUUCGGCUACACACAUAUAGUUGCUGGGGUGACACGAGUCAUGGAAGGGCUGGACGUGUGUCCCUCGGUGCAGUCUCAUUCUCCGCCCCUGGGCCUGGCCUGGGGGAAGGAGCCGGGGGGUGGGGGGGUGGGGGUGGGGUUAGGCCCCGAUGAUCCCUGCCUGCUCUGCCUCCAUCCAUCUGGGCUCCCGCCUGCAGCGCCUCCCGGUGGCCCUCAAGUGACCCUGGCGCGGCUGUUGCAAGGCGCCUGCGCCAGGUCCAGGUCCAAGCGUAAGCUUGGCUCUGAGUCUAGGGGGCGUGGCCUUGUGGGAAUUGGAAAAUGAUUGGCCAGCGGAACUAAAUGUUGCUCCUAAAGCGCAUCGGGAUUGGCCUGUUAGACGUCCUGGGGAAGUGAACACUGGGUAUUAAACCACAAUUAACGAAAUGCUGAUAUGGGAGGGGCCUCAGCGAGUCCUCAGUUGCACCCAAAAGUGAUUGGAUCACAGGGCGUAGGUGGCAUGAUCAAAACUCUAACAGGCGGAGGGGCACGAACUUGUGAGUCUGGCUGGGGUAGUGAGUCUGGGACUUCACCCAAGAAGCCGUGGCUGGGUCCCUCUCCCUCUUCGCUGAACUGGGCAGCUGUGCAAGUCUUGGAGGGUACCCAUGCCUCCGUCCUGCCUGAGAUCGUGCAUCCCGUGUACAGAUGAAGCCCUAGACAUCUACAGGAAAGGUGUGCAAACACAAUCUGGAUGUCGGCUCAAUGGGAAAACUGCGAGGUAGGACGGAUCCUGCCCCAGUAGAAGACUGAUUUGAAUACGGGGCCUCUGGGUUUUCCUAAUUCUCCCUCUCUUCCCCUGCGUCCUGCAUCUUCAGCGGAACUCUGUCCUGUUGUUCGCCUUUGCCCACGCACUCACCUUUCUGCCUUCAGAGGAAAACUGCACGACCUGUGGCACCUACUGAUCUGAUAGGAGACUAUCAGACCAAGGCAAAGACUGUGUCACAUCUACGCAGCUGGGUAAUGCAGCUGGGUAUCCGUGUGGGGUAUGUGACUUCUGAUCGGUUUUGCUAGACGGCGUCACCCCUAAAAGCCUGUUUACCUCUCUGUCUCACCCAGGAAGUUGUGCAGAACCUCCUGAAAGAGGUAGCUAGAUGGCCCAGUGAGGUCUCGGAUGCUGGCCCUGUAGUUUGAACUUUUCCUGUGGGCUAGGGGACACAUGGAAGGGUUUUGAACAGGUGAGUGGCAAGUUUGGGGCAAAUCUCGCAGUCAGGUGGACCCAUGCACUGGAGAUUUCACUCCAGUGAAAAUCCACAAGGUGGCUCUCUUGUCGAUACCCUCUCCUGGGGAAAACUGAGCUCAGUGAGGAGGUAGGGGCAGAUUUUGCGCUGAAGUCCUGUCUUGGCUGCUGUUCAGGGAACAGGGUCUUGGUUGAGUGCGGCUUUUCCAAAUCCAUCUUGCAGCAUAGCUUUUCAUCUAUAGCUCUCCCCACUUAUUGCCUCAUUCACUCAUCACUCAAUAUUUCAUGGUUCAAAUUACUAGGAAAAGAAACCUGACUGGUCUGGGUCAGGCUACUUUGACCAGCCUAUAUAAAUUAUCUACCUCGAGGGGUGCCUGGGUGGUUCAGUCGGUUGAGCUUCUGACUUCGGCCCAGGUCAUGGUCUCAUGGUUUGUGGGUUCAAGUCCCAUGUCAGGCUCUGUGCUGACAGCUCAGAGCCUGGAGCCUGCUUCGGAUUCUGUGUCUCUCUUUCUGCCCCUCCCCAGCUCAUACUCACACUCUGUCUCUGUCAAAAAUAAAUAAACUUAAAAACGUUAAAAAAAAAAUAAAUUGUCUACCU